AUGGUUCUAGCAUGCUAUUUUCCAGAGAUCUCCAAGCUGAGAGGUACCUCAAGGAUGCUUGGCCACACCAGGCCUGUUUCGUCCUCCCUGGAGCGCAGUUUUGUUCCAAAAGAGGUUAUCCGAAGCCUGAACUGUGCCAGCAGUUCCCUCUACAGCCCAGAGCACUUAUGGUCCCUGCAAACCACCAAAGCCCCAAUGGGCUUCAGGGGCUGCCUGCAAAGCCCAGAUCGGCUUUGGCAUUAUCCUAAUUGUUGGAGCAAGUUCAGACACCUGACAGACCACCCUGUCAGUUUGAUGGGCACUGGAAGGGAUGUCUCUUACCUGUGUGACGUUGCAGCUGGCCAAGAAGCUAAGAAAGCAAUGACUGGCAGAAGCUCUUUUUCUGAGGGUCAUCAGGACCAGAGGGGAAGCUGUGGUACAGUCUUAUGUACUCCUCACGCAACCCUAGCAGAUAAUCUGGUUCCCAAGGAAUUUAACAUUGUGAAGAAAGGGGGAGUUUUACCCUUGAAAUACUUUGAAAUUGCUUUCUGCCACAAAGCUGGGCAGGCUCUGGGUAGCUCUUACUCUCACUUUAUGCUUAAACUGCGGCAGUUCCCAUCCAUGAAACCUUCUGGGAGGUUAGACAUCAUCCAGCUGAUGGAGCUGAUGGACAGCAUGUUGGAAAAAGCUAAUCAGAAUUACAAGCUAAUCAGAAUUACAAGGCCUUCACAGCUGCACAACGUGCUGGAGCUGAUGAAGGCAGAGCAGAACAUCUAUAAUAUCAUUUUUCAUGAACUGAUUCGGCAGCUCAGCAUGGACUGCGUGGAGAGAGGACAGCUCCUUUCGAAGCUCAGGCAGAGGUAUGUGGGUCUCCUGGAGCGGAUUCCUGAACAGAUGAAGACCCUAUACAAAAAAAUGAUGACACAGCGGUUGGUUGACAAACAUAUUACAGAGGAAGCAGUUUAGUUUAAAGAAUCUGUUGGACAGCUGGCUGGCGGGCUGUACGAGGUACUAGAGGAUGACCUCAAGGUGACCAAAGAAGCAGAAAAAGCCCAAGAGGAGCUAGCUGCAGCCAUGCAGGAGGCUAAGGCGAAUGCCAACCUUUUGGAAGAGUAUCGGGAGUUAUACGAGUUGCAGAGAAGACGACUGGAAGAGCAGGUUCUGCUGCUAGCUCAAGAGAACAUUUGGAGCUCAGCUGCGUAUGACCUGGCUCUGAAGAUAAUAGACAGAAACCAGCUCACAUUGGUUCGCGGGCUCCAUGUUAGUGGAAAGACACUGACCAACGUUCUCAAGCAUUUCAUAGUCCUCUUGGCCUCAAAGGACACGGGAGACCUGGCUGAUCUGCAGGAAGAGACUGAGCAGUUCAGGGAGAGGUUGGGUUGUGUUGGAGCAGAAAUGGAACAUUCCGAGGAGUCCAGCCGGGGGAAGCUGCAAAUUGUCUGCAGCAGCAUCAACAAGUGGCUUCACUCCUCUCCAAUGAAUGAAGAGCUACUGGGUGAAAUCCUACAACAUAUCAAGAACUUGAUAAAUAUGCUAAAAGAAGACCUGCAGCAGUAUGGAGGGGAGGUGCACCUGAGAAAGACGGAAAGUCUGAGGAGCACUGCCAGCCAGCAGGAACACUGGACGUUGCUGGGACAAACAGUGCUGAAUUGACACUGGGACUUUGCUGGAACAUUGCCUCCACAGCACGCUGCCCUGCAAGAAAUAAACCAAAGGGUGUGUGAACUGUACCGGUAAUAUAAUAUAAGGAUAAAUGGGAACAAUGGCACAGCUAGGUUUUUGACAGCCUUGGUGAGAAGUAUGGAAGGUUGGUUAUUCAAGAUGCAAAAGCUGAAGCGAGGUUCUGGCAUGCACGAAGCUGAGCUGCAGGCAUUUUAUCACAGCGUUCCUGCGUGGCUGGCCCAGGUAGAUGCCAUGAUGAGCUGUAUAGGCUCCAGCCAGUUGCAUGAAGUUGAGAGUAAUAAGAAAGCACAUUUCUUGGUAGUACCUAGAGAUUUUUUUCAGAUGAUUCACCAAUGGGUUCUGUCCAUGAAUAGUGAGGUUGAGAAGAACAUCACCAAUUUAACGAAAAAGUAAGUGACUGAACUGCAUCGAAACCUGACCCUGUGGCUGGUGAAUUUGCUGAGACAGAUGACAGCAGACCGCUUGUCCUGGGAGUGUUGCCAGUGGCAAGAGUCAGACGCUGAGAUGGAUGAGGAGCUCGGACUUCUGAGGGCUCAUAAGCUGCAGCAUGGAGCUGAAGAGCUGCUUGUGGGGGGUGGGCAGACUUGCUGCUGCUGCUGCGAGAUUGUCAAUGCAAUUGUUCGAAAGGAACGGUCAGAGGCAUUAGAAGCAGAUUUAGAAGCUGAUUUUGAGCUGGAGGAGCUGAAUAAGAUCAAGGUAAAAGGUGCCUGUUGCUGUAAUUGGAUUCAAGCAUGUAGUCUUCUCCUUUCAGAGAUCAAAGGCACUCCAGUCUCCUUUCUGAAUUUAGAAGAACUGAGAAACCUCUUUGGAUCAGAGGAACUGCAAUUGAAGCUUAAGCUGAAGGGUACUAUCAUUUCUUCAACUCAGGAGAGUUUUGAAGCUGAAGGUGCCAACAGCAGUAGGAAACCCGUAACAGAGGAAGAAACUUCAGAAGUAAAGGAGGAAAGUGUUCUCUCCCAGCAGCAGCCAGGUGCUGGUAUGGAUUAUCUGACUGAGGAAAAUGAAGCUACUGCAGACAUGAUCAGAUAUGUAGGAUGUGACUCCAACAUCCACCUGCAGACUCUGAAGUCAGACAUCCUGUCGGUCACAGGGAGGGAGAUGACUCCCACCAAGCUGUCGACUCCCUUUUUGCAGAAAGAGUUUGAAGCCAAUAAGACAAUGCUGGAACAUCUGCAGGUGCAGCUCCUAGAAACAGAGAUCUGUGCUCAGAAUGCAGAGGAGAAAUCUGAAGGUCUUGAAGAGAAGCUGGAAGAAGCUCUGCAGAGAAUCAAAGAGCUAGAGAGUGAGCUGGAGAAAGAGGGGAAAGUCAUCCCAGAAGGGCAAGAAAAAUAUUUCCAAGAAAGCAUCUCAGAAAUCAAGGCCUGCUCAAGUCCCAAAGCUUCUACCUCUGGCCAGUCCAAAGGAUCCAGAAAAAGCAAAUAUUAA